AUGGCGGCACGGGAGCAGAUCAUGAGCGAUUUGGGUCGAUUUCCAAGCUUGGGCGAACUGCUGGAGGCCUUCUUUGCGCCGCCUGGUGCGCCAGAGGAGGUAAGGAAGGACUGCCAGGAAGCAUGGAAGGCCCACUGCUACAAUCAGGACUUCCCCAUCUACGAGUGCUGGACUAGCGAUUACAUCGAUGCAUUGGCGCGCUACCUCCUCGAAUGCAGGCAACGCUACGCGAGCGACUAUGCAGAUGGGAAGCCCCUCCGGGUGCUAGAGGCGGGGGCCGGCACGGGCAAGCUAACAUUCGGGCUGCGGCAAGCACUUACCGGCUGGCAAAAAGGCUGUGGAGACGAGCACUGCGGGAUCGUGAUCGAGGCGGUAGACAACUCGGAGCGGCCGAUGAAGCGCCUCUUCCCCGAUGUGGUGCGCGAGGCGGACUACCGAGAGGCCCUCCGAGAGACCGACUACACGAUCGUGCUGUGUGCGUGGAUGCCCUUCGGGGCCGACUGGACCAGCGACUUUCGGAGCAAGGCCAGCGUCAAGGAGUACAUCCUGAUCGGCCACACCGGCGACGGGCUCAAUGGCGACCCCCUGCGCACCUGGGGAUACCGCAAGCUCUCUUACGAGGACGAGAGCGAAGACGAUGACCAAGACGACGAGCAAGUGGAGGGCUACAUCGAAGAGAGCGAGCGAGCGUAUGUGAAGGACGGGUUUGAGCGCGUGGAUCUGCCUCACCUCAGCAAAUGGCAGCUCUGCCGAUUCGACAAUGUGAGCUCCCUGAGUGGGCAGACGGGCAGCUCGCGCACCACCUCCUUCCGACGCAAGUAG